AUGCAAACACUUCCUGCAGAGGAAGAACCGUGGCAUCCAUUCCAAUCACAUGGAGAUUUUGAAUUUUCUGAAAUUGCUCUUGACCCUGCUCUCAACAAGAAUCAAGUUGACCAGUUGCUCAGUUUCAUGGCUCGCAUAUCACAGGGUCAGGCUCAAAUCACACUGAAAAACAAGGCCAAUCUGCACAAGGCAUUAGACAAUGCUGCAGCUGAGCUGACACCGUUUUCAAAACAUAAAGUCAAGGUUCCAUACAAGAAGGAGGAAUGGGUCUAUAAGGUGCAUGUGUGUCCCUUAUGGGACUGGGCCCUUGAUCUGUUGGAUAACCCACUGCUAGCACCACAUUUUGUUUGGGAUGUGCAAUGUGUCUACAAACAUGAUGGUGACCAGUGGUGGGAUAUUCAAUCUCGUCUCCUGCCAGAUCUGAAAGCCGCCCCCUUUUGCUUUAUAUUGUAUGCUGACAAGACUAGGCUCUCUUCGCAUGGCACUGUUAAAGGGCACCCAGUUGUGGUGUGUUGCACAAAUCUACCUGUCAAGAUUCAAAAUAGCAAGGGGAUUGGCAGUGGUUGGGUAGUCAGGUGGUUACCAAUUGUUCCCAAAGACACAUCCAAAGAGGGGAAACUCAGAUACACUACCCUGAAAUGUGUUGUAUGGCACAAGUCAUUUGUCAAGCUUCUUGUUAACCUUGACCAGUACUUGAAGACUGGAUGCAUGAUGUCUCUCAUAUGUGGUGUACAAUGCAAGUGCUCAUGUCCAGUCUGUCUUGUCCCUCUCAAUGAGCUCCACAACCUGUCCAAGACAUUUCCGAUCAGGGGGGGGGUACAUCUACUUGGAGAAUUGAAGAUGAUCCUCACUGAUCUUGGAUGCGAGGCUGAGGACAAAUUUGAGAAACAGAUCACUGAGUUCCCUCGAUGGCACGCUGAAGGAAUCAACUACUAA